CGAAGGGGAAAUUCUGUAAAUUUUCGCCAGCACCAACUCAACUCAACAAGCGUAAAGUGUAAAUCCCCUUUCUUCUGUUUGCAAGAGCAAUGGAGAAGAAAAACGGGUCGAAGAAGAUGAACAUCGCCAUCAUUCAUCCUGAUCUCGGAAUCGGAGGAGCCGAAAGGUUAAUAGUUGAUGCGGCAGUUGAACUAGCAUCUCAUGGUCAUAAUGUUCACAUUUUCACAUCUCACCAUGAUAGAAAUCGCUGUUUUGAGGAGACACUUGCAGGCUCAUUUGCAGUUACAGUAUACGGAUCUUUCCUUCCAAGACACAUCUUUUACCGUUUUCAUGCGGUUUGUGCAUACAUACGUUGCAUAUUCGUUGCUCUAUGUGUGUUGUUCAAGUGGCCAUCUUUUGAUGUUGUGCUUGCUGAUCAAGUCUCAGUCGUCAUUCCAAUAUUAAAGCUUAAAAAAUCUUCUAAGGUUGUAUUCUAUUGUCAUUUCCCUGAUUUGUUACUUGCAAAGCACACGACUAUUGUUAGGAGAAUAUAUCGGGCGCCCAUAAACUAUCUGGAACAAUUAACAACAGGGAUGGCAGAUUUAAUUCUCGUUAACAGCAAAUUUACAGCAUCCACUUUUGCUGCAACAUUUAAGUGUCUUGAUUCUCAAGGGAUAAAACCAGCUGUGCUGUACCCUGCAGUAAAUGUGGAUCAGUUCAGUCAACCGAAUGGUUAUAGGUUGAAUUUUCUUUCAAUCAAUCGUUUUGAAAAGAAAAAGAAUAUUGACUUGGCAAUAUCAGCAUUUGCAAUGCUUAGGUCUCCUGACGUGACAUUGACGAUUGCAGGUGGAUUUGAUCAGCGAUUGAGAGAAAAUGUUGAUUACUUGGAGCAAUUAAAAGUCUUGGCAGAAAUUAAAGGUGUGUCUAAGCAAGUCAAAUUCAUCACUUCUUGUCCAACUUCCGAAAGAAACGCUCUUCUGUCUGAGUGCCUAUGCGUUAUAUAUACACCAAAGGAUGAACAUUUUGGUAUAGUUCCACUUGAGGCAAUGGCGGCCCACAAACCCGUGAUAGCAUGCAAUAGUGGUGGCCCGGUGGAGAGCGUGAAAGAUGGAGAGGUAGGGUUCUUGUGUGACCCGUCACCACAAAGCUUCUCAUUGGCCAUGGCCAAGUUCUUGAAGGACCCCUCGUUGGCAGAAAAUAUGGGCUCGAAAGCCCGAGCCCAUGUUGCUACAUCAUUCUCUACCAAAACUUUUGGCAUCCAGUUGAAUCAAUAUAUCAUGGAUGUAGUGGAACAACACAAACAGACAAAAGCAGAUUAAAGAAAGAUAAUGUUAGGAGUUAAGAGUGGUAUUGAUCUUCCAGUUGACCUUUUUCGUCCGGUUGUGGCAUAACUUUUGGAGCUUCUUGAUCCAUUUGAUUUGUAUGUUUCCAUACAUUUGUUCAUAAGUAUAAUGUUGGAAGAAAAAAAAUACAGAGCAAGCAUAUUUAGAGAAACCCAAAAACAUUACUGAAGCAAGUAAUUUAAAAAAAAAAAAAAACUGGAAUAUAGUAUGCAUAGCCCUAUUUCCAUUA